AUGUAUCUUUUCUUCUUGUCUCUCUUUCUAUAUAAUAUUAACUUCGUUUCACCAAUUGUUUAUUCUUGCAAUUGUAAUGCUGAAUGUGGAUGUUCAAAAACUGAUGCUACAUUAAAUAAAAUUGUUGGUGGUGAAUCAGCAGUUGACUCAAGUUGGGGAUGGGCUGUAUCAUUACAAAAGAAUGGUGAACACUUUUGUGGUGGUGCAAUUAUUUCACCAUUAUAUAUAAUUACAGCUGCUCAUUGUGUGCCAGAUCCUUCCGAGAUAAUCCGAGUUACAAGAGUAGUUGCAGGCAUAGAUAAAUUGUUUCAAUCAACAUCGUCAACUUCUCAAGUACGUUCUAUUGCAAGGGUUUUUUCGCAUCCGAACUACAAUAUUGCUUCGUACGCCAAUGAUAUUGCUGUUUUACAACUUGAUCGACCAUUGGAUAUUUCUUAUGAAAGAGGUACUGCUCGACUAUGUUUACCUCAUGUUGUUUCAACGAGUAUAAGUAAUGACUUUCCUGUUCCUGACUCAGCACUGGUAGCAGUUGGAUGGGGUACACUGGCAUCUGGGGAAAUAUCGAUACCGAAUGAUCGACACCUUCAACAAGUAACAUUGAAAGCAAUGUCUGCAAACCAUCGAAUGUGCAUAUCUACGAUUAAUAAUCGACAAAUUCAGUUUUGUGCUGCUGUGGAAGGCGGUGGAAAAGAUACAUGUCAAGGUGAUUCUGGUGGUCCUUUAAUGCAUUUUGAUUCAAAUAAACGUCAAUGGAUGUUAGCUGGUGUCACUAGUUAUGGAAGAGGCUGUGGUGAGCCUAACUAUGCUGGUGUUUAUACACGUGUUUCUGUCUAUCGUGACUGGCUUCGAUCAGUUGUCAAGGAUAAUUUUAUUGAAUUAGCAGUUGGUGAUAGUACUACUACUACUAAACGACCAAAUAAUGGUGCUAGUUGUGAUUUGAUAAACUCACGUAAAAGUAUAAUAUCACUCCAUUGCUCAUUUACACUAUUGCUUUACGUAGUUACUCGAAGCUAG